AUGUCAAAGCCAGAUGUCGAGCCCUGGAUUUGCAGUGACUGCAAAACAGUAUAUACCCCAGCUAGAUCUCCCAACAAAAAAAUCUCAUCUCCACAAAGUAAAUCUUCCCCAGGCCCUGAAAGCUUAGCUGUUAUUCAAAAGAAAAUUCAACUUUUUGAUGAACAAGAGGGCCAGGACUUGGAAACCUCCCUGGCACUAGCUGCUGAGGCAGGCAGUCUUCUUGUUCAGGAAAAUGAGGAACUUAAACAGGAACUGCACAAUAGCAGAACCGAAAACGCUAAUCUGCAAACUGAAGUAUGCAGAUUGAAAACUGCUUUGAAAGAUGCCGAAGACCUGGAGGAUGUUCUGAAACUCUCUGAAAAUACAAAUACAACUCUACAAGAUAGAAAUCAAGAACUCCAUCUCGAAACCCAACAUCUAAACAGAAAAUUAAACCAAGAAAUGUGUCUAAAAGAAGAAAUCAUUAUCCAAGCGGAGAGCGACAAGCAUAUGUUAAACAGCACUAUUAACGACUUACAGAGACAACUGAAAGAAAACUCUUUUAAGUUCGAACAAGACACUAUUUUACUUAAAACUCAAAUACAAAGUUCAUCUUGUACAGAAGAACACUUAAAAAAGGAAAUUGAAACCAAGAAUGAUAACCUUAUGACCUUACAGACGGAGUACGACCUCUUAUGCAGGAAACUGAAGGAUCAAGAGGAAAAAAUCAAAUCCUGCAUAUCAACCUUCCUUACCAAUGUGAAAAAUAAUUUUUCAUCUGACAUCUCACUACUUGGCAUCAGUUCUACAAAUGAAAAACAGGCAGUAGGUGUAAAACAAAAAGGUUAUGCUGAAAUCAUGACCCAAGAAACUACAAGGGAAGUCAGCCAAACUCCUUUCAAAACACAGAACCCGGACAUGACCAGGAGAGACAGCCAAACUCCUUCUGAAAAACUGAACCAGGAUAUGACCAGGAGAGACAGCCAAACUCCUUCUAAAAAACUGAACCAGGAAAUGACCAGGAGAGACAGCCAAACUCCUUUUAAAAAACUGAACCAGGAUAUGACCAGGAGUGACAACAAUAGAUUAGAACCUGACACGGCCACAAAUAAGCAGUCCUCACUUAGGAAAAUCACAACACACCAUCCCCCCCUAAAUGCAAGACUACGAUCACACAAUGAAACAAUAGAGGAGUUCUUCAACAAAAACAUAGACCACUACAGGCAAAUCAUUAAUAGUUACCCAAGCAGAGCGACAACCAUGGUUCUGGAGAACAGUACACAACCUCGAAGUGAUCAAAAGGAAUCAUCUUUUUUAGACUUGAGCACUUCAAAGCAAGGCAGACAAAAAUCUCAAAAAAAGGAAGACUUGCCAUCCUGCAUCAAAACAUAA